CAUAUAAUUGCCUCUAAAAUAAAAACUAGUGUUAAAAUAUUAAAAUUUUCUUUGUGCUUUAAUAACCAAGGUUGUUUAGUUGGAUUUACACUAUGCUGUUUGCUUUAUCAGACAGCAUAGUACCCUCUGUUUUUUGCCAGGCAUCAGAGAAAUGGGCUUAACUGUCAUAGAUGGAUGUUAUUUAACCAAUAUAGAAAAAAUUUCUCAGAUUGGAGCAAUGAUUAUAAAAAUGUUGAGGCUCUUCUUUCUAUUCCUCCUCAAUUUCUAUUGAAAAGUAAGUUUUAUUAUUAAUGAUGAAUAAAGGAAAUUUUGUAUUCGAUUUUGUUUGAUUUUCCUUUUUUUCUGUUUUGAGAAUAGUUGAUCUGUCAGUAGAGAAAGACUGUGUAUAAAAGACUAAAAUUUACUUGAAUGGUUUUAAGGCAUGCUAUUGUUAAUUGUAAAUCAAAGCUUUAUACACAGUUCUCCAAGGAUUGAAAUGGGUCUUUGUGGUCUCUCAGGAGGGAGGAAGUUACAAACCACUCUGCAGACUGGCAUUUUAAUAGUCUGCUGUACAGCGAUGUUCUUUUGCAGCUGCUGCUUAGCCUUUUCUAUAUCUGGAGAAUGUGGGGAGGUUUCAUUGUUGUUCCAAUACUAUCAGCUUUUAAAACAUUGUGAAGUUAGUUGGUCUUAUUGUCUCAUUUAGUUUUAGUACUAUAAUUUGAUCAGUAUGUUAAUAAAAAUGGGGUUUUGGGGGAAAAGGAGGUCCUUUAUAGUAUAUUCCUAGAAUAUUUCAUAGAGGUUUUCUGCUUCAUGAAAGGUACCUUUAAAAAAAGUGGCGUGCCCCCUUUUGCAGCUUGUGAGCUCUGCUCUGAUUAAUACAAUCUCUUUAGAACCUACAAGUCACAGAGAGAAGAGAUAGUACAAAGAGGUUUUGAUGAAGAGAAAUGAGACAAAAAGGGAAAGUUGCUAUUCUGUUUUUCCAGGUUAUAAUUACAGAAAAGAACAAUGGGAAAACAAGUAAAUAGCAAAAUGUGUCUGUGUGAGAGACAUGUGUUUUUGUAGACAGCUUUUAAAACCUUUUGACUUCAAAGUAUGACUUAGAAAUAUCUGUAAGACAUUUAUUCCCACACUGAUUAUUUUUCCUUUCUGAGAAAUGUGAGCAUUAACAUAAAAAUAUGAAUAUACAAAGUGUUAAGAACAAUAAUAAACUUGGAGCAAAGACUUCUAGGAAACUAGUUUAUUCUUUCAUACUUUAUAUGAAGAAAAAUAAACAUUUUUGUGGAUUUUUUUUAAGAACGGUUCUAUUGUAAGGCAUUAUAAACUUGUAACUGGUGUAUGAGGAAAUCAAGGAGCUUUAUAACUGAAAAUCUGUAUUAUUAAAUGUUUCCAUUUUAAAAACAGGUAAUUUAUUUUCACGAUAAUCUGUCUGAUUUUUGGACUAAACUUUUUAAUAAAAUGUGUUCCUUUCAAUUUUCCUCAAUACAAUUGUUGUAACUUAAAGUACGUUUUGUUCUAGUUAGUUAAGAGGUACUUAGACGAUGGUCUCCUUUCUCCAGGAAGUGAUUUUUUAUACAAGGCUUAACUGUUUAGAUCCUUCUUAUUACACAUGAUUCAGUGUUUCCAAUUCCUGAUUACUUGAUCAUGUGUUUAUCAAAGUUGAAACAACUUUAGACCAUGCCAGAUGGUAACACUGGAGGUGUAACAAGCUAGGUUUCUCUGCCACGAGUGCUCUAAUUUAGCUAAAACUAAAAACAGAUUAGCCGAAAAUCUGUCACUGCCUUCCUUUGUGUGUGUAUACAUAUAUAUAUGACAAAACUAAAAUUUCUUGGGUUAUUUUUAUUCAGGACGUUUCUCUUUAUUUAGCACUUACAAAUGACUUGUAUUUUUUUAAUACCUCAGAUUUUGUCUUAUUGGUUGGUAUCCUCCACCAAUGCAAGGACUUGAUGGAAAUUGAAAGAGGUUACUUACAGCAUAAACCCUCCCUCUGUGCUCUGUGAGUUGGUUCAGCCCUAUUUUGCAUAAGUUCCUUUUGAGUAGAUCCAUGUGUGGAUGCAUAGUACUGAAGACUUACUCUCUUUGCCUGUGUGGAUGUAUGUCUUGGAGAGAAGCUGUGUGCAUUAGCUACAAAUAGUAACAUUUUCAAAAUCAACAUGUAUUGUGCUUAUCCUGUCCCUGGAAUGGGCAGCAAUUCUUUGAUGUAUUACUACAAUGGGAAAACGGUAUAUGCACCAUCCCCAAAUUCAGAUGAUUUCAACCGUGAAUCUCCUAGUUAUCCAUCUCCUAAGCCACCAACCAGUAUGUUUGCUAGCACUUUCUUUAUGCAAGAUGGGACCCACAAUUCUUCUGACCUUUGGAGUUCAUCAAAUGGGAUGAGCCAGCCUGGUUUUGGUGGAAUUCUGGGGACCUCCACUUCCCACAUGUCUCAAAGUAGUUAUGGCAGCCUUCAUUCACAUGACCGCUUGAGUUAUCCUCCACACUCAGUUUCACCAACAGACAUAAACACGAGUCUUCCACCAAUGUCCAGCUUUCAUCGCAGCAGUACCAGCAGUUCACCUUAUGUUGCUGCCUCACACACUCCUCCCAUCAAUGGAUCAGAUAGCAUUCUAGGAACCAGAGGGAAUGCUGCUGGAAGCUCACAGACAGGUGAUGCACUUGGAAAGGCGUUGGCAUCUAUUUAUUCUCCUGACCAUACCAGCAGUAGUUUUCCAUCAAAUCCAUCAACACCAGUUGGAUCACCUUCACCUCUCACAGGUACCAGUCAGUGGCCCAGAUCUGGAGGGCAAGCACCUUCAUCCCCAAGCUAUGAAAACUCACUCCACUCCCUGAAAAAUCGAGUUGAGCAGCAACUUCACGAGCAUUUGCAAGAUGCAAUGUCCUUCUUAAAGGAUGUCUGUGAGCAGUCUCGAAUGGAGGAUCGUUUAGACAGACUGGAUGAUGCAAUCCAUGUGCUGCGGAACCAUGCUGUGGGACCUUCCACCAGUUUGCCUGCUGGUCACAGUGAUAUACACAGUUUAUUGGGACCAUCCCAUAAUGCACCAAUUGGAAGCCUCAAUUCAAACUAUGGAGGAUCAAGCCUUGUUGCAAGCAGUCGAUCAGCUUCGAUGGUUGGAACUCAUCGGGAAGACUCUGUCAGUCUCAAUGGCAAUCAUUCAGUCCUGUCUAGUACAGUCACUACUUCAAGCACAGACCUGAACCAUAAAACACAAGAAAAUUACAGAGGUGGCUUGCAAAGUCAGUCUGGAACUGUUGUUGCAACAGAAAUCAAGACUGAAAACAAAGAAAAGGAUGAAAACCUUCAUGAGCCUCCUUCAUCAGAUGACAUGAAGUCAGAUGAUGAAUCCUCCCAAAAAGAUAUCAAGGUUUCAUCUAGAGGCAGAACAAGCAGUACUAAUGAAGAUGAGGAUUUGAACCCUGAACAGAAGAUAGAAAGGGAGAAGGAGAGGCGGAUGGCUAACAAUGCCAGAGAACGUUUACGCGUACGGGAUAUUAAUGAAGCAUUCAAAGAGCUUGGGCGAAUGUGUCAGCUUCACUUGAAGAGUGAAAAACCCCAAACAAAACUCCUUAUUCUUCAUCAAGCUGUGGCAGUCAUUCUUAGUUUAGAACAGCAAGUCAGAGAGAGGAACCUGAACCCCAAAGCAGCCUGCCUUAAGAGAAGGGAAGAAGAAAAAGUUUCUGUCGUAUCGGCAGAGCCGCCAACCACACUGCCAGGAACCCAUCCUGGGCUUAGUGAAACUACCAACCCUAUGGGUCAUAUGUAACCAUCAGCCAGUUCCAGAGUUAUCAGUAGGCUAGAUAGAAGGUGACCUCUCCUCAUAAGGACUUGGACAACUCAGAUUAUCUGAAGACACAGACCUGACAGGAGGGAGAAGAAAAAAUAAAACACUUGAAGCAAGAAACUCAAAUGUAAUCCUACGAUCAAAGCAACUGGUCAACACUUCCAUCAGAAGUGAAGAUAGGAAGCUCAUCAGAUAGAACAUCAGCCCAUGAGAUGUUUGCAGCAAAUCAUUUUGUUGCAAGCCGUGUGUCGCUUCUGCACAAUCAGAGACUGUCUCGAUCUCUCCACUCACCGUGGAAGUUGCCUUGUGCCUAAACUGAAUUGACAAAUGCAUUGUAACUACAAAUUUUAUUUAUUGUUAUGAAACUGUAAGGUCUACAUAUAAAGGGAAAAAGUUAAUGUGGAAAGCUGAUCUACACUCAGCUGAUGCCAGCAUACAUUAAAGCAGUUCACGUGCAGAGAACAAAGCAGUGACAACCAUUGGCCCUUAGCAUUCCCGGCAUACCUAUUAGUGUCUUAAAAAAGGAAGGGAAAAGUCUUCUGUUGCCCUCUCCUAUCCUUUUGCCAUAUGAAUAGUGUUUUCCAUGAAAUAGGAAAAUAUUACUUGGUAUAGCAUUUCUCUUGCUCUCAUUUUUUGGUUUACUUUUAUUUUCUCUUUGUGGGUGUUAUAUUAGAUCUCUGAAUCUGAAUAGUUUAUGGUCACAGUCCAGUCGCCUCCAUGCAACCCUGUGUGCUUUUGCACAUUUACCUUAUGGUGGUAAGCAGAGACCAUCUGUGACCAUAGCCUAGCUAGGAUUUUAAAAGGGGAAAUUUUGUUCUCUAGGUUUUCCCCCAAAUAAACAUUGCUUUAUUUCUAAUAAUAACCAAGACUUUUCAAGCUUCUAGAUCUCAUAGGAAAGCUUGUAAUAGCAAAAGUGUAAAUUACAAGGGAAGAAUCUACUUUUAGAAAUUGCUUUGUUUUCCAAGCAGUAAGUACUACAUACAGUACUUGUAAAGUGUUAGCUGUAAGUAAGCACAAAAUACAUUUAAAAUAUAAAGACGAUUUUUUCAGGCUGUGAUUAUGGUGAACAUAACAAAACCCAGUAGUCACCAUGGCAGGUAGUGUGAUAAAUGAACACACCACUCUGAGGCUAAUUACCUAAUGGAAUACAAGAGCAAUGGUCACCCGUGUUUCCUUAUCCUAGCCUUUAUUUCUCUGUCAUUUGGAUGGCUGGUCAAUGGGGAAGAAUUCAGUGGGUGAUUUAAU